CUGACAUUCCUACCAUAGUGCCCGUUCAGUAAACAUCAUCGGAACUUUCUCUCCCAUCCUGUGAUUUUUUUGUGUGUGUGUGUUAAGAAAACACUCAAAAUGGAUGUUAAAAUCGCCAAUCUCGCCAUAGUGCUCACAAUUGCUCUUUUCCUUCCAUCAGCCAGAGCAUUUAGAUGUUAUGCUUGUACCACCACCAAUGAUAGAAAUAGUGAAUGUGCGGUUUUAAAUAAUUUACAGACAACUUUAUGUACUGUAAGAGCUUAUGAGAAGCUAGCAAAAGUACCCUUUCCUAUUGAAAUAAAAAAAAUAUUUGAGGCAGUACCUCAAGACAGUUAUCCAGUUACAGAGUGGUCCUGUGGAAAACUUGAAUUAGCUGACACGAAUACAGGUUACGGACCAACAACUAACUAUACAAUUAGAACCUGCCUGCCUAAAUUCAAUGGGCCCGAUUUUUGUGAUCGCACAAGAGACAUACUCGAAGCUAAUCCAACUUAUCAGCCUUAUCAGGUCUCACACUGCAGUGAGUGCCAGAAGGAUUCCUGCAACGGAAUAUAAACUUUUUGUUAUUAGCUGCAUCACAUUUAAUGUGAAAUGCCCUCAUACCUACACUGACGAUUUGAAUCACCUGCAUUUACAAGAUAUUAUUUUGUUAUCUUUUAAGAACUUAAUUCGCCUGAAUCUCACCAGAAAAAAAUUAAAUUAGAAGAUUCAAAUUUCGAUAGAUUGAAAUUUGGAUGUCGAAUUAACAAAAAUGUUGCAUGCUGCGAAAUUUGGUCGUAGAUCAGUGUUGAGCUCUAUAUUCAUAUUCAGAAUAUUUUUAUAUAAGUAAUUUCAAUACUGUAUGAAAAACUAUGAAGUUGAAUAAUAAAGAAAUCUCC